UGGGGAAGCCAAGCAAGAUUCGUGCCCAAGCAGUGAUAUUUCGCAUCGUCGCUUGCAGCUGCGGCUUGCGUGCAUCGAAGGCGACGACAGAGCCCCAUGAAGAGACCAACCAACGCACAGAAGGCCGCGCGUUCGUCGUUCGUUGUUCCGUGCUGGCCUUCUUCAUGGCGCGGGAAUUGGGUGCGUGGGGCUCAACGGAACCUGCCCUCUCGGACUGCCACGUCAUCUCUUUGAGUGGUUCGGAGCAACGAUCUUGGAACGCUCUCGCAUUCUCCUUGUACGAACCUGCGUACACUGUAGUGAGAGCGUCGUGAGAGAGUGCUGUUGACGCAACAAACUCCUCCCACUCGUAGCAUCAGCAAGCGUAUCUUCCCAGCAAUCU